CUGUUUUACGGCGACGAAGGUCUGGAUUGCAAUGAAACGACGAUUAAAGACUAUGUGAUUAGAUAUUGCAAGGAGACGAAAGAAAUUAAAGCAGAAGCGGUUAAAUUCAUCGCCAAGAAAUUCAAAGCGAGCACCGAAUUGCAAGCUGUAAGCAAAAUGGUGUUCUCCACCGACAAGAAGGCUCCGACACCCGCUCAAUGUAGGAACUUUACUUCCGAUGAGCCUCACACGUGGCACUUGUGUUCGGACACUAAGGUCGAUGAGUUUGGCGCUAAGGAUAUCCGAAUUCUGUUCCUCAAUGUGUUGCUUGAGGCCCAGAAAAAGGAUACUAAAAUCAACUUGCUCAAAUUUAUUUGUUAUACGAAGGAAUUUAUGAGCAAAACAGCUGAAGUGCACAAUAGCAAUGAAUCUCAAGCUAUAGUGAAACAGCACAUGUACGAUACAUUUCACUGGGCAAAUGACAAGUUGGACAAAGUGGCCGCACCAUUGUUAAAAGAGCUCACUAAAGAUCAGAUCAAAUUUGCGCACGUAUGUGACCUAGGUGAUCUGGGUUUUGCCGGCGAAGCAACGCCUACAUACCAGUCGAUCCUAAUGAACUGGUUUGUGGCGCUUAACAAAAUGCUUACUAAUGUUAAAAUAAUGUCUAGCAAAAAGGGCUAACAUUGUG